AUGUUAGAGUCGCCCCAGAAUGCCUCCACCGAUGCCGUCCUCGCUUCCGGUAUCGCAUGGCGGAACCCAUUUCUGGCCCUACUACUCCUCUGCUUCUGCCUGGUCACCGUUGCCGGGAACUGCUUGGUCGUACUGGCCGUUUGCACAAAGCGAUACCUUCGAAAUCCGACCGGGUACCUCAUCAUCUCGCUUGCGAUCGCCGACCUGAUCGUGGGGCUGGUGGUCAUGCCGCUCAACUCGUUGUACGAGAUGACGAGCCACGUCUGGAUUCUCGGGUUGACGAUGUGCGACAUUUUCCACGCGCUUGACAUCCUGGCAUCGACCAGCUCGAUCUGGAACCUAUGCAUCAUCAGCCUCGACCGAUACAUGGCAGGGCGUGACCCGAUCGGGUACCGAGACAAAGUAUCAAAGCAGCGCAUCCGAAUCGCGAUUUGCCUCGUUUGGAUCGCAGCCGCGGGUCUCUCCUUUCCAGCGAUUGCGUUUUGGAGGGAGAGCUCUCCCCAUUUGUACACGGACCAGACACAAUGCGUCUUCACCGACUCGGCGUUGUACCUCGGUUUCUCGUCCUUCCUCUCAUUUUAUAUACCGCUUGGGCUGAUCCUGUUUGCGUACGGCAAAGUCUAUGUGAUUGCCAGGAACCACUCACGGGGGUUGAUGAGCGGUAUCAAGAAGAUCAAAGGCGCCAAAAAUGGGGAAGGGAGUCCGAUGCUUGGCGGAGAUGACGGGUCAGCAAUGCGGGUUCAUUUUGGAAGAGGGAUCGGCCUGAAUAAGAAGGGAUCUCGGGGCACAGCAACUGGAAAGCUGCUUCUCGCGCAGAAAAACGAGGAGGAACAAAAUUUGCUAAAAGCAAAUGGCAACGGCCGAGCAGUGUCGCUGUUGGCAAAGACGCAAUCGGCGCACAACUUCUUCCCUAGCGACCGGGAAGAAGAAAGCGCGCUAAUCGUCUCUAAUCACCAAUCUCCGAUUCCAUCACCAUUCACCGAUCGAUCUCCAUCGACGUCGAGGCGACCGAUGCGGAAGCGGGUUGGAGUUCGGGAGAAAAGUCGACAGAUGAUGAAAUACGUCCACGAACAGCGGGCAGCUCGCACGUUGUCCAUCGUCGUAGGCGCCUUCAUCCUCUGCUGGACGCCUUUUUUCGUCUUCUCCCCCAUCGCUGCCCUCUGUGAAUCGUGCUUUUCCAACCGCGACACAAUGUUCACUAUCUUUACGUGGGCCGGUCACCUCAACUCGAUGCUCAACCCGCUGAUUUAUUCCCGAUUUUCUCGUGAUUUCCGGCGUGCAUUCAAGCAGAUACUGACGUGCCAUCGAGAACGGAAGACAAAAGCGGCAAUCCGUACGCCACUCUCACUUGUCUUCACCCAACUCAUAUCCAUCACCCAAUUCUGGGAGCAGCCUGAAGAAGAAGAGCGG